AUGAGAGUUGGAGAUUUAAUCUGUGCUUUCCUAGUUCUACUUGAAAUCGGCCAUUUUACUACAGAAAUUACAGCAGUCGCUCAAUCCACAGAAGACGAAGUGAAGGAGGGUGAUGCAGAACAGAAAUCGAGUAUCCAACCAGAUACAUCUGGAGCAGAAGCGAACGCAAAAGUCGAGGGAACCUCAAUAAAUGUUUCUGCGCCUCCUGCUGCCGAGGGUGAUGGAUUACAAUCGCAGCAGUCUAGCAACAACAAAGAAGUUAAGAGUGGUGCUGAAACAACUGAAGUCACCGAUGACAAAAACGAGAAAAAAUUAGGGGCUGGAGCAGAAAUAUCAUUGAAAGAUUCUUCCGGUGGGGCUGCAGAGGAAUCAUCGAAACCUACAGAUAACGGAAAUAUGCCAAACGCCCAAGAACUCCUUGGAACAAAAGUUUCAGUUGGCAAUGAAAAACCGGAAAGUAGAUUCUCUCCAUUUAUUAUUCUUUUGCCAAGAACAAUGCUCUCACGCCAACAGAGACAGACAACUGGUCAGAAUGCCAGACUGUUGUUUGUACCCAACGUGAUAAAAAAUAUGUUUCAGGGAAUAUUUGGGCAACGUAAUCCUUCUUAAGUUAUUAUUUAUAAAAUUUUAAUAGUUAUAUCUGUAAAAU